CCGAGGGGGCCGCCCGGGAGGGCGUGGGGGAGCCGCUCGGGGCGGGGAGUUCCUCUCCGCUCUUACGUCUGUCAAAGGAGCGGCAGACGCCGCGGAGAGAGAUAAAGCAAAAGGCGAGCGGAGGGCCGGGGGCAGACUCGACAGCCACCGAGAUGGGAAGCAGCUCACCGCAGCGCCGGCCCUGCUAGAGGCGGGGGGGCCCGGCGGGACGCGGAACGGCCCCGGCACACGGAGCGGGACGGGAGGAGGAGGCCGCCCGCUUCUCCUCGCGGCAGCCGAGCGCAGCUUUCCCCCCCAUCCCCCGCGGCCCCCCUGCUGCAGCCGGGUUCGGAUUUAGGGAUAAAGUGGGAGGAGGAGGAGGAGGAGAAGGAGGGAAAGGGGGGGGGGGGGUCGCUGCCAUUUGUUUAUCCGCCGAGGGGUGAAGGCUCCCGGUGGAAACAAACCCCGCCGGGGGCCGAGAGGAGGAGGAGGAGAAGAAGGAGGAGGAGGAGGGUCGGGGGGGAUCGCGGCGAGCCCCCAGCAGCGCGGUGGCCUUUUGGGGGGGCGCGUGGGGGGGGGCGGCGGAGGAGGGCCGGGGCUGGCCGCCGCGGAGCUGCCCGUAGAUGACUGCAGAAGCGCAGCAGGCUCUGUCCUCUCAGCCCCCUCCUCCCGCGGUGCACAGCAGCUACGGCCCCAUGUCCUCCGUGGCCGAGAAGCAGCCGCAGAACUCGGCCAUGGACGCCGCCUCCGCCGCUCCCUCCGGGCCGGGCGGCAGCAGCGCUCCGGGCAGCGGCGGAGCCCCGGGCAGCGGCGGCCCUAAAGCGAAGAAAACCAACGCGGGGAUCCGGCGGCCGGAGAAACCGCCCUAUUCCUACAUCGCUCUCAUCGUCAUGGCCAUCCAGAGCUCGCCCUCCAAGCGGCUGACCCUCAGCGAAAUCUACCAGUUCUUACAGAGCCGUUUUCCUUUCUUCCGCGGCUCUUACCAGGGCUGGAAAAACUCCGUUCGCCACAACCUCUCGCUUAACGAGUGCUUCAUCAAGCUGCCCAAGGGGCUGGGCCGCCCGGGCAAGGGCCACUACUGGACCAUCGACCCGGCCAGCGAGUUCAUGUUCGAGGAGGGCUCGUUCCGCCGCCGGCCCCGCGGCUUCAGGAGGAAAUGCCAAGCGCUGAAGCCCAUGUACAGCAUGAUGAACGGGCUCAGCUUCAACCACCUCCCCGACAGCUACAGCUUCCAGGGCUCGGCCGGAGGGCUCUCCUGCCCUCCCAACAGCCUCUCCCUCGAAGGGGGUUUGGGCAUGAUGAACGGGCACUUAGCCGGCAACGUGGACGGGAUGGGCCUUGCGGGACACUCCGUGCCCCACCUGCCCUCCAACGGCGGGCACUCCUACAUGGGCAGCUGCAGCGGCUCCUCGGCGGGGGAUUACCCGCAUCACGAGAGCUCCGUGCCCGCCUCCCCGCUGCUGCCCGGCGGAGGGGUGAUGGAGCCUCACUCGGUUUACUCCAGCUCGGCCUCGGCGUGGGCUCCCUCCGCCUCGGCCGCCUUGAACACGGGAGCUUCCUACAUCAAGCAGCAGCCGCUGUCGCCUUGCAACCCCGCGGCCAACCCGCUGUCCUCCAGCCUUUCCACGCAUUCCCUCGAUCAGCCCUACCUGCAUCAGAACAGUCACAACACCGCCGAGCUGCAAGGCAUCCCGCGGUAUCACUCCCAGUCUCCGAGCAUGUGCGACAGAAAGGAAUUCGUCUUCUCUUUCAACGCCAUGGCCUCCUCCUCCAUGCAUUCAGCGGGCAGCGGCUCCUAUUACCACCAACAAGUGACAUACCAGGACAUCAAGCCGUGCGUUAUGUGAGACGGGGCGGAAAAGCCACCACCUCCCGGGGGCCGCCGAGGCCUGACCCGGGGAACGAACCCCCCCUUCCCCACACCCAGGACCCUGUGGGAGGAGGAAGGUGUGGGGGGGGGUUCUGCAGACUGCGUUUGUCCCCAUAGAUGGGACCCCGGGGAGCGGACCGCUGAGCGCGGCGGGGCCGAAUGCGGGCGGCCCCGGGGCUGAGCGCGCCCCGCAGCUGAGCAUCGGCCGGGCCGGCCUCCACCACGUGUCUUUAAUCAAAGACGCUCUCUGCCUUCUUCUGCUUCUUCUUCUCU